AUGGUACUACUUUAUUUUCAUAAACUGUUUAACAUAAAUACAAUCUGCAUAAAUAGAAGUUUGGAAUUUAUUAAAAUAUAUACGCAAACAAAGUGUCGAAUUACUACGUUUGGAUGCGUAGUGGCGUGGAGUUCUCAAUUAUUCCUAAGUUAUUCAAACAUCUUAGCAACAUUAGGUGGUACAAAACUAUUAAAAGUUUAUUUUAUUUUAAGACGAACGCUUGUUUAUAUUAGCACACGUAGAUCUGGUCUUUUCAAGAAUAUGCACAAUCCUUUGCUGCUUGUUGUCUCCUUAAUUCUCAGUCUUCUUUGUGUUAGCGCCAAAGAAAAUAUCCUUGUAACUUGUGGCUCCCUUGUAAAACUAGUGAAUACCGAUUAUGGUGUGAGGCUGCACUCACAUGAUGUCAGCUACGGAUCUGGAAGUAAGCAGCAGUCUGUCACGGGCAUAAAGGAUAUCACGGAUGGUGGAAGUUAUUGGCAGAUAAAAAAUGAAGACAAAAACGAUUACUUCUGCAGAGGUGAACCAGUUAAAUGUGGGAAGAUAAUUCGCCUUACUCAUUCAGCAUCUGGGAAAAAUCUACACAGCCAUCAUUUUCAGUCUCCUCUCUCUCAUAAUUACGAAGUUUCAGCUUUUGGCGACAAUUGGAUGGUUAUUUGCAGCGACAAUAAUUGGACAAGAGAAACGUUGAUCAAGCUUCGUCAUCUAUCAACAUCGGGAUACUUGUAUGUAAGUGGCAGCACUUACAGCCAUCCAAUUCCUGGUCAGUUCGAGAUUUCUUCCUCAAAUUCAGCUUAUGGAAGUUCAUGGAAAGUAGCUGAAGGUGUUUUCAUACAACCUUCUGAACAACCCAAGUCAUUCUAUAACACAACGCAUGAGGAAUUAUAA